UCAUUGUUUGGUUUAGUUCGUAGUCGGCAAUAAAAUAUCAAAUUAUGUGACUACAGCAAAAAAAAAAAAAAAAAAACACCUAAAAACAUUAACGCUAAAAUUUAUAGAAAUAAACGAGUUCAAAUUAAUUUAUUUACAAAUUCCGCUUUCAAUUCUUCGGCGCGAUGUUGUGGCAUUAUUUGUGUAUUGUGGUACUUUUUGUGCAUUCCGGUUUUGCCGGCAAAUUAAAUAGUGCUAAGACGGUGAUUAAAAAAGAUCCGCCAUCCACGCAGGGUCUAUUGUAUCCCUUCGAAUCGGAAUCACGAGAUAUCAGAUCCUUGGAUGGUAUAUGGCGUUUUCUAAAAGGUGGCUACAAUGACUCCACCAAAGGCUUGGUGGAGAAAUGGUAUGCAACGGAUUUGGAUAAGAUAAAACCCACCCUGGCAAUGCCAGUGCCGGCAAGUUAUAAUGACCUGACCACCGAUGAAUCACUUAGGGACCACUUAGGUGUUGUCUGGUAUGAAAGGAAGUUUUUCGUUUCCCACGAUUGGUCGCUGGACAAACGUGUUUGGCUCCGCUUUGGCAGUGUACAUUAUUCGGCAAUUGUGUGGCUCAACGGAAUAGAAGUCGUGCGUCAUGACAUAGGUCAUUUACCAUUUGAAGUAGAAGUAACGGAACAUCUCAAAUUUGGUGCUCAAAAUCGUUUGACAGUUCUUUGCAACAAUACUCUGACGCGAUCAACGGUACCGCAGGGAGAAGUGGUGCAACUUUUGACUGAUGCUGGCAAUAAAACCUUUCAGACCUAUACAUUCGAUUUCUUUAACUAUGCUGGCAUACAUCGUUCCGUAGUAUUAUAUACCACACCCAAGGUCUAUAUUCAAGAUAUCCACAUAACAACAGAUGUUGUCGUGGAUUCCAAUGACGAUGAUUAUGAUGAGGCCAGUGGAGAAAAAGAAGACCGAAUUCCUGGAAAUAUUGGAAUAAUAGAUUUUAAAGUGACAAUAGCUGGAGUGGACAGCAACGAAGUAACAGAAUCGCCUGAUUUUCAAUCGUACUAUUUGCAUCUACAAUUGAGAGCGGCUGAUGAUAUUGUCGCCCAUGAGAUGUGUAAGGGUCGGACAUUCAAUGGAACGCUGCGGGUGAAAAAUCCCAUUUUAUGGUGGCCAUAUCUCAUGAAUCCCGUCUAUGGUUAUCUUUACACAUUGGAAAUCUAUUUGCAUUCGGCCACAGAUGAAUCCCUCAUCGAUGUUUAUCGCAUGAAAGUGGGCAUAAGAAAAAUCCAAUGGGAUGAAAGUAGUUUUUUGUUGAAUGGUCGAAAGGUUUAUCUGCAUGGAUUUGGUCGUCAUGAGGAUUCAGAUUUAAGAGGCAAAGGUUUGGAUUAUGCCUUGCUUACGCGUGACUUUAAUCUACUGAAAUGGAUUGGAGCCAAUGCCUAUCGUACCUCGCAUUAUCCCUAUUCGGAGGAGUCUAUGCAAUUUGCCGAUGAGAAUGGCAUCAUGAUCAUUGAUGAGUGUUCCAGUGUCAAUACGGACUAUUUUGGAGCAGAUCUCUUGUAUAAUCACAAAUCAGCAUUGGAACAGUUAAUACACCGUGAUCGCAAUCAUCCCAGUGUAAUAAUUUGGUCUAUCGCAAAUGAGCCUAGGACGCAGAAAAAUCAAUCGGAACCAUAUUUUCGAGAAAUCGUGAGAUAUGUCAAAACGUUGGACCUUACCAGACCAUUGACAGCAGCGAUUAAUGUUGAAAUUGGUAAAGAUAAAUUGGCCCAAUUUCUGGACAUUAUCAGUUUCAAUCGCUACAAUGCCUGGUAUCAUAAUGCUGGCCAUUUGGAUACCAUUUCAAUUGCCGUGAAAACUGAAGCAAUCAAUUGGAACAAGAAAUACAAACGACCAAUACUUAUGUCCGAAUACGGUGCUGAUACGUUGGAGGGUUUGCAUUCUUUACCCGAAACCAUUUGGUCUGAGGAUUAUCAAAUUGCCUUGUUUGGUCAACACUUCAAGGCAUUCGAUUAUUUGAUAAAACAAAAUUGGUUUAUCGGAGAGUUUGUGUGGAAUUUUGCCGAUUUUAAGACUGAACAAGCUUACACUAGGGUAGGUGGCAAUAAGAAAGGUGUAUUCACCCGCAAUCGUCAACCAAAAUCUUCGGCCCAUCUGUUGCGUGAACGUUAUUAUGGUCUAUGCAAGCAAUUCUAUGAAUGUGAGGUGCCCAGUGAUUUUCUACCCUAUUCCAUACAUUGGCGUUAUCGUGUACAUCGUCCUGCUGUUGAUGGGGAAAUUUGUGAUUCGAAUUCCUUGCCCAAAGAAUGUAUAAAUUUUAAAUUAAACUAAACUAUAUUUUAGGAAAAGUAUAACAUAUACCAAUUAACAUGAUAUUAAAUAAAUAAAAUUUGAUUUCAUUUUAUGCAGAAAAAAAAUAUAUAAAUUCCGAAGGGGCAAUCUAUCUUGA